AGAGGGACCGGGCGGAGCGGAAGUCACUCCGUGAGGCAGUGGUGGUGGCGGCGGCGGCGGCGGCGAGAGGAUGAACAACAAGUUUGAUGCCUUGAAAGAUGACGACAGUGGGGACCAUGAUCAGAAUGAAGAAAACAGCACACAGAAAGAUGGUGAGAAGGAAAAAACGGAACGAGACAAGAGUCAGAGCAGCAGCAAGAGGAAGGCUGUUGUCCCAGGACCAGCAGAGCAUCCCCUGCAGUACAACUACACAUUCUGGUACUCCCGGAGAACCCCCGGCCGUCCCACCAGCUCCCAGAGCUAUGAACAGAAUAUCAAGCAGAUCGGCACCUUUGCCUCUGUGGAGCAGUUCUGGAGGUUUUACAGCCACAUGGUGCGUCCCGGGGACUUGACUGGCCACAGUGACUUCCAUCUCUUCAAAGAAGGUGUUAAGCCCAUGUGGGAGGAUGAUGCAAAUAAAAAUGGUGGCAAGUGGAUUAUUCGGCUGAGGAAGGGCUUGGCAUCCCGUUGCUGGGAGAAUCUCAUCCUGGCCAUGUUGGGGGAGCAGUUCAUGGUUGGGGAGGAGAUCUGUGGGGCUGUGGUCUCUGUCCGGUUUCAGGAGGACAUUAUUUCGAUAUGGAAUAAGACAGCCAGCGACCAAGCAACCACAGCCCGAAUCCGGGACACGCUUCGACGGGUGCUUAACCUACCUCCCAACACCAUUAUGGAAUACAAAACCCACACCGACAGCAUCAAGGCCUGGGAGGAGUUUCAUGGCCUGGUGAACAGCAGCGGCCGCUGAUCGGACGCUCCCCUCUGUCUCUCACACUCAGGGGACAAUUCAAGUUUCCGAAACACAAAAAUCACAUUGUGAAAGUAUACAAGCUGGCAAUAAUCCUUUUCUCUGUGUGUGUGUGUGUCCACAAUGGAUGGGAGGUCUCCAGCGGUCCUUCCAUCUGCUCACUGAAGGGACGUCCCUGGGCCGUGGGCUCCCCUUUUGCACUCAUUCCUGGAGGACAGAUUCCGCUAGACACCCUCCAGCAUCGCUGACUUUAUAAAGCGGAAAAACGGAAACCAUGACUUUGUAAUAGACAAACUUUGAUUUUUAAUGGGGUUCUGUGGGGGGAGUUUGGCCUUUCAUUUUGCCAUGUGCUGUCCUGAUGCCUACUAGGCGUUCUCUUGUGCUCUCCUCCCAGUGUACAAAGGGUGUUGUGCCCAUGUGUCCAUGCCAGAGCUGUCGACCGAGCGUUAUCAGUAUUAUGAAUGCCUGUGCCUCCCAGAAAAGCUUUCUGUUGGAGAGUCCCAGAAUAGCUGUAAGUGCUCUCUUCUAGCUCUGCCAUUAAAUUAUUGGGACAUUUUGUUUAUUUCUUUCCCCUCUUAACCCCACCACUUUCUGAAAACGGUUGCUGAUGUGAUGAGUGUCCAGGAUUUUGUAUUGUCCCCUGUCUUAGGCCCUCCAGUCUUCCCCGCUGUGGGACUCACUCUUUUCUUCUUAGGCACUGCUGCACUUAGAAUUUUAAUCCAGUGACUACACUGGUUUGACUUAGGCAGCUUAGAAGGUAUGCCUUGGUAAAUUAAACUGGACCAGAAUCCAGUUUGAUUAGAAGCUAAAUUAUAAUACAUGUUCCAAGUACAGGAUUUGGAGCUGAGGGCAGUGACAGAAAUCAUUUUCCCACAUGAGCAGGAUCUGGGGGUCAGGCCUGUUUCUGUGGGCCCUCUCAGGCCCCUCAUUGAGGAAGGAAAGCAAAUGAGCUAUUCAGAGCUGGUUGUUGUCAGGUAUUAACAUUUCAUUUGAAAAACUCUGUGAUCCUGAAACUAGGACAUCUGAAGAAAAGGUGACCUUGAUGGAUGGCUUUAUUUACAUGGCUGUGCCUGUCUGCAGUGGUUGGAAAAACCUACUGUGAGUCCUCAUCAUCCAGUGUGUGUGUUAGCAAAUGGGUGCUGACUGCUGAUGCCCUGAGACAGGCAUGCUUGAAGGACCAGUCACUCAUCAGAGAAGCUGGUGAUCUGACUCCAGAAGGAUGAAGGCAGAGAGGUCAAAAGAACAUCUAGGAUUUAAAUAAGUAAUGAGUGAGAGUCCUACGGCAACCUCCAAGUAGCACUGUCUUACUUGGCUCUUGGGAGCAAAGAUUGCAGUACCUUAAAUUAAGGCCUCUCUUAAAACAUACCCUUGCAUACCCUUGAGAGUUAGGGGGUUCUUCAGCCUCCUGGUCUCAGAGGAACCAUAUGAGAGUAACAGCAGUUCCUUAAUGUGUUUAUGUUACUCUCCCUAUUUUCCAACCCCUGAACACCCUCUAGUUACCACUGUUUGAGGAUGCUUUUCCCUAAAAGAACAGGGGAGUACAGGGACCAAAAGGGAGGUGCUUCCAUUACAGGUGAAGUUAGAUUGGAUAAGAAGAUCUAGCUGUGAUUUGAACUCCAGGAAUAUGAAGAAUGCAUUCUGGUGUCCAGACAAUUGUGAAGGGCUCAGGCAAAUACAGGAGCAACAUUAGCUAAAAUGAGGAGCAAAGGCUGUCUCCUGAGAUUUGUUUAUACCCCAAGAAAGUCUUCACUUUUGCCUAAACUCAGAUUUGUCAUGAAAAUUCCAAAGAGAGCAGACAUUUGGAUUUGCCCUCCUUUGGGCAUCUAUCUGUUGGGUGUGUGUGUGUGUGUGUGUAUACACACGCGCGCAUGCGUGUGUAGAGUGUGUUCAUGAGUGAGGGUUUUGUCAGGACGAGUGGCUUGUUGUGUUGUCAUAUUUUUGCUUGUUUCAUUUGCUCGAAUUUUUUAGUCUCUUGUGUUAUCUAGAGCUGCUCAUGUUUCUCCUUUUUCCAAUUGCAGUAUUUGAAGGUUAUCUUUUCCCUUCAAAUAUCUGCUGAACUUAGGCUGGUUAGAAUGAGGGGUCAUUUCUGUUAGGCAUCUUAGCCUCAGUGCUCUCCCAGAGGCUCUUUCUAACAACUUUGGAUGGGAGAUUGACUAUUCAGUUUAUCCAUGUCAGCCAUUUCCCCCAAACUAGCUUGAGGGGUCUUUUCGUUUAUUUGAACUCCACGGGCCUCUGAUAUGCUGAGAUGAGACACUGGUGUGGUUAUGGUAUGCCUGUUCUAGAGACAUGGCUAGGAGAAAGGUCGGCCAGGGCCAACCUAAUAAGCAAGUUAGAUUGCUGCUGGGGCAUGGGGAGUCAUUCUCCACUUUGCACAGUUGGGGCUGCUUUCCCAUGACCCUUUGCUGGGUUUUCCGUUUAAGAUUGCCCCAUACUCCUCUCCAGUGCUCUUCUCUUUAUCCUUUUUUUUUUUCUUGUGUAUGUGUGUAUGUGUAUGUUUCCCUGUGACACUGGCAGUGGUAAUCAUUUUCCAACCAGAGAGAAGCUUGUGGUCCAUGGUGCUCCAAGAAUGAAUUUCCAAGUAUUUGGCAGUGGGUGAAGGAGCAGAGGCUGUGACAAGAGUGGUUUAGCGUUGCACUUUCAGAGCAAUUGUCUACUGCAGUAAUAAAUGGAAAAUAUCAGCAAGAA